AUUACGGAAAUUGUCGCAAUCGUUUUGCUUGCUCUUCGAGGACGUAAGUGUUUAUUCGGAUAACAUAUUUUAUUUUAUUUGAAAAGGGAUUACAGUAAGAACGUUAGCAAGUCAACAAGAACAUGCUGAUAUAGCCAACAGUUGGCUAGCUAGCUAGCCAGCGUUAGCUUGGUAGCUAGCUAAUCAAACUAUCUAGCUAGUUGGCUUUACUUAUUUUCUAAACUAACGUUGACUCUCUUUGAUGGCAGCUUGUUAACUAGCUAGCUAACGAACGUUAGUAUAACUCACAUUUAUAAGAUGCUGCAUUGCAGGUCUAACCGUUAGAUUGCUAACCAACUAGUUUGAGCUGGCUAGCUAUCGAAUUUCAUUAAAGCCACAGUCUGUAAAAUGUCGUAUAAUUUCAGCUAGAUAUAAGAAAAUGAUAUCUUAUUUAACCAUCCCUCCCCAGUCUGCUGUGUAGUGUUGCUGCUUGCCAUACUGAAAAUAGGUCAGAAGUCAGCUGGGAGUGGGACAACAAGAGCCUCCACUCAAAUAUGGGAGGCUAGACAGUUGGCAUACAGAUUAGGCAGCAAGGGUUUAAAGCAGAGAUGUUCUCCAUUUGAUUGUUUAGGCUACAGUCUAUCAUCUAUUGUAGCUACCUGUGAUUACACUAUUGUGUUAAUCAGCAUGCUCUUAGUCACCACCCAGAAAACAGGCCGUAGCCAGAUCAAACGAUGUAAUGCCCUGUAUCUUCAUCCUCAGUAUGCCAAAGCAGCAGCUGCAACCAGGGUUGGAAAUGAACACCCGCCAAAUGCGGGUACAUUUUGUCAUUGGCGGGGUAAUAAUGUCUAAACACAGUGCAUUUGGGAAGUUUUUUAAAUCCAAAACCCACAUGUAGAAGUUAGUCGAUUUGACAAGAAAUACUACUAAAGUGUGACUUUGUCCUCGUGUUUCUUGGCCAGUUACAUCGUUUUGUUCACACGUUAGGUUGUUUUUCAGUAUUAGUUUGAGUUUGCUGCAACUGUCUGCUGCUAGGAAGACGUCGCAGUUGGAGAUUUUUUUUCGUCACAGACAAGCGAGUGCUCAAGUUACCACGGUAACGGCCCGUCCCUUAAAGGGGCAGCUAAAAUGUUUCGUCUCACCUAAUGAUUGAGCAUGGAUAACUCCCGUUUAGUCUUGUCUUAUCAUUAAAACACUCAAAUACUUUAAUCGUUCUCCUAGAUUUAUUUGCGUGCUUCUACAGUGCAUUCGGAAAGUAUUCAGACCCCUUGACUUUUUCCCCAUUUUGUUACGUUACAGCCUUAUUCAAAAAUGUAUCAAAUAUUAUUUUUUUGUCAUUAAUCUACACACAAUACCCCAUAAUGACAAAGCGAUAACAGGUUUUUAGAAAUGUUUGCAUAAUUAUUACAAAUAAAAAACAGAAAUACCUUAUUUACAUAAGUAUUCAGACCUUUUGCUAUGAGACUCGAAAUUGAGCUCCGCUGCAUCCUGUUUCCAUUGAUCAUCCUUGAGAUGUUUCUACAACUUGAUUGGAGUCCACCUGUGGUAAAUUUAGUUGAUUGGACAUUAUUUGGCAAGGCACACACCUGUCUAUAUAAGGUCCCACAGUUGACACUGCAUGUCAGAGCAAAAACCAAGCCGUGAGGUCGAAGGAAUUGUCCGUAGAGCUCCGAGACGAGAUUGUGUCAAGGCGCAGAUCUGGGGAAGGGUACCAAAACAUUUCUGCAGCAUUGAAGGUCCCCAAGAACACAGUGGCCUCCAUCAUUCAGAAAUGAUUGAGAUUGAAACCACCAAGACUCUUCCUAGAUCUGCCCGCCUGGACAAACUGAGUAAUCGGGGUAGAAGGGCCUUGGUCAGGGAGGUGACCAAGGCCCUUCUACCCCAAUGGUCACUCUGACAGAGCUCCAGAGUUCCUCUGUGGAGAUAGGAGAACCUUCCAGAAGGACAAUCAUCGCUGCAGCACUCCACUAAUCAGGCUUUUAUGGUAGAGUGGCCAGACGGAAGCCAUUCCUCAGUAAAAGGCACAUGACAGCCCGCUUGGAGUUUGCCAAAAAGGCACCUAAAGACUCAGACCAUCAGAAACAAGAUUCUCUGGUCUGAUGAAACCAAGAUUGAACUCUUUGGCAUGAAUGCCAAGCGUCACGUCUGGAGGAAACCUGGCACCAUCCCUUAAUUGAAGCAUGGUGGUGGCAGCAUCAUGCUGUGGGGAUGUUUUUCAACGGCAGGGACUGGGAGACUAGUCAGGAUAGAGGGAAAGAUGAAUGGAGCAAAGUACAGAGAGAUCCUUGGUGAAAACCUGCUCCAGAGCGCUCAGGACCUCCGACUGGGGCGAAGGUUCACCUUCCAACAGGACAACAACCCUAAGCACACAGCCAAGACAAGGCAGGAGUGGCUUCGGGACAAGUCUCUGAAUGUCCUUGAGUGGCCCAGCCAGAACCCGGACUUGAACCCGAUUGAACAUCUCUGGAGAGACCGGAAAAUAGCUGUGUGGUGACGCCCCCCAUCCAACCUGACAGAGCUUGAGAGGAUCUGCAGAGAAGAAUGGGAGUAAGUCCCCAAAUACAGGUGUGCCAAGCUUGUAGCGUCAUACCCAAGAAGACUUGAGGCUGUAAUCGCUGCCAAAGGUGUUUCAUCAAAGUACUGAGUAAAGGGUCUGAAUACUUAUGUAAAUGUAAUAUUUCAGUAUUGUUAUUUUUUGCAAAAAUUUCUAAAAACCUGUUUUUGCUUUGUCAUUAUGGGGUAUUGUGUGUAGAUUCAUGAAUGGGGGGAAAAACAAUUUAAUCCAUUUUAGAAAAAGGCUGUAACGUAACAAAAUAUGAAAAAAGUCAAGGGGUCUGAAUACAUUCCGAAUGCACUGUAUAUGUUUACAUAGGAGCACAUCAGGUACUCCUUGUAAAAAAAUGUCAGCAUAGAGCCCUGAACUAUAAUAAUACAUAAGUUGUAUCACUCAGCUGUUUGUGGCAGUGCAGGCACUUUGUUCAUUUGUAUAACUAUUUUUACUGUUGGAUCUUUUUUUGUACAAUUUUAUUAGAUUAAAUUUUUUUACAAAACAUCCACUUACAAAUGACAACAGACAGACGCACACAAACAUCCACAACAUAACUCCUGGCCAGAUCCUCGUGCUCACACCCCUAUAUCCAGCGCCUGCAUCAUUCUCUGCCACAUGGCCUCAAACGGCACCAUUUUGUUUCUCUCUAUUGCCCACACACUUUCAACAUUAAGAUAAUAAAGCAUUUGACCUUUCCAUUGUGUUAAAGUGGAAGACUGGUUGAUUUCCAUUCUUUAAGUACAUGUUUUUUCAAUGUGAUUGACAAGAAAAGUAUCGUCCAACCCAUAGCUCACUGCACCCUCAUAUGCCAGGUCUUGAAAUAUGCAGACAGAUGGAUUAAAAGUACAUUUACAUUGUACUAAAUUAUUUAUUUUAAUGUACAUUGGUUAAAAGACACAGGUCACAAAAAUGAAAUGAAAUGAAGCAAUAUAUCCCAUUACUUUUUAUUAGUAAUACAUGUAUUGUUAUAGAAACAAUAGAACGCAUGCUCAUACAUUUUUUUGUAGUGAUUUUUGGUGUAAUUAUGGUGAAAAUAAUAUUUUGGCUGGUAAAAAAAUCUGAGUUCCACAGUGGCUGGUGGACCAAAAGGUUAAUUUCCCACUCUGGCUGCAGUCCCAAGGAUAGUAAUCGCAGAGUUUCUAACCAUACUGUACUGUCUUUGGUUUAAGUACUGUUGUAAUUACCAUGAUACCAUUUCUAAGUAAAUGCCUAGAAAGUUAGGCUUAUGUGUCUGAUUGUGUCUGUCUCCCAAUACAAUGUCUCAUCAAAGCCACUCCAUGUGACCUUUGACAGUCCUGCUGAAUGGGAGAAAUGAGGGCCAUUUGUGAGUGAGGUAAUGGCACUGCUUUUCUGUUUUCUCACUAGUUCUCAAGCUACUGGUUUGAGCCACUAGCAUGAUGAUAUAGCUGUGGUUGUUUACGAUGCAAAAAAUAUGGUAACAAGGCUUGACCUUGAAGUUAUGUUCAUUGCACAGGAAAGGGUAUGUUAAUUUUGCUGCAUUGCUUUUGCAGAUAUGCCAUAAACAGUCCUCUGGCCAGGUUUGCAUUGUGAAAUGGAUUUUCUCCAGGCAGUGACUCACCUACCCUGCUUGUAUUCUGCAGAAACUUGUGUGUCUCAGUGAUGUGCCAUGGGGUAUGACGUCACCAGGUUCCAAGGGGAGGUGGAUGAAGACUUGCUGUGUCCCAUUUGCAGCAUGGUGUUGGAGGAGCCAGUGCAGGUUAGUGCGCUACAUUUCCCUCUUCCCUUCUCAGCCAGACCUAUUGCAAGGAAUUGUUAAUUAAUCCCUUUUAUCAAUUUAAUUAUUAUUUUUAUUACAAAAAAAAUCAAACUUUCCUCUCAGCCAGCCACCUAUUGCUGGGAUAAAGACCUACUGAUUUAAUUCUUAUUUCCCCCUACCGCUUUACCCUUCUCUAUCUCCUCAUUAUUUUCUCUCACAUGUAGGCCCCGCACUGUGAGCAUGCCUUCUGCAAUGCCUGCAUCUCCCAGUGGUUCAACCAGCAGCAGAUCUGUCCUGUGGACCGCAGCGUGGUGACACUGGCUCACCUCCGGCCCGUGCCCCGCAUCAUGCGCAACAUGCUCUCCAAACUCCAGAUCGCUUGUGACAACGCUGGCUUCGGCUGCACAGCCACACUGCGGCUAGAUCAACUGCAGUCUCACCUGAAGGACUGUGAGCACAACCCCAAAAGGCCCAUCAACUGUGAGGAGGGCUGUGGGUGAGUGACCUUAGAGCACAUUACACAGCAGAGUAGACCAGACCGGCCAGAAUGAAAAACAUGGCUAUGACUUUUGAGUUCCUGGGCAUGUCGCACCACCACUGCAGAAUGUGACAGUAUCUAGUCUUGUAGUGGUCUCUAGAGUGAUCUAGUGGCUUUAAUUUCAUAAUGUCACAAUUGCUCUACAGGUUGGAGAUGCCUAAAGAUGAGAUGUGCAACCACAACUGCAUCAAGCACUUACGUGGCGUGGUACAGCAGCAGCACACCAAGAUCUCUGAACUGGAGAAGAAUGCUGCAGAGCACAAGCACCAGCUGGGGGAACAAGUAAGCAGACACACUCACACAAACUGCAUACAAACAUAUGCAAAUGCAUAAUUCAUAAAAAUCCAUUAGUGCUCUGUUCCUCAAAGGUCAGGGAUCUGAUGUGUCUUUCUCUGUUAGAAACGGGACAUCCAGCUGCUAAAAGCCUACAUGAGAGCAAUACGCAGUGCCAACCCCAACAUGCAGAACCUGGAGGAGAGCAUUGAAUACAACGAGAUCCUCGAGUGAGUUUACUCUCCUGUCUCCCUGGCCGUGUCCUUUACGAUAUUUUGACAUAGUUUCAGCAUUUUAUUUCAGCAAGCCUCAUCUAUUUACUGUGUUUUGGAUAUUAUUUGUUUAAAGUAUGAGUGUGUACAAUCACUUAAAUCACCCUAAACUUAAUCAAAUUUAAUAAAGCCCUUUUUACAUCAGCAGUAUUGUCACAAAGUGCUUUAGAGCUAAAAAAAAUCCCUAUUCCCCAUCUCGCCUGUUCAUCUCCUGCCCAACAGAUGGGUCAAUUCUCUCCUACCUGCGCGGGUGACACGCUGGGGCGGGAUGAUCUCCACGCCAGACGCAGUUCUCCAGGCGGUCAUCAAGCGGUCACUCAUCGACAGCGGCUGUCCUCUAUCCAUUGUUAACGACCUGAUUGAGAAUGCCCACGAGCGCAACUGGCCGCAGGGCCUGGCCACGCUGGAGACACGACAGAUGAACCGGCGCUACUACGAGAACUACGUUGCCAAGCGGAUCCCUGGGAAACAGGCAGUGGUGUUGAUGGCCUGUGAGAAUCAACACAUGGGAGAGGACAUGAUCCUAGAGCCUGGCCUGGUCAUGAUCUUUGCCCAUGGGGUGGAGGAGAUCUUAUAA